AAAAAUUUAUUAGUGCCCCAUAACAUAGGUUGCUCCCCUAACAUAAAUUUCUGAGUCCGGAGAGAUUCAAUUCAAUUCAUGGGAGGGUGGAGGAAAGUAGGACGCAUAUUCCACUGUAGACGAGCUUUCCGAGUCCCUCCUCUAUUUAGUCGCUUUUUAGUCUGGUAAAAUUUGCUUCUUGGAUUUUCUGAGUGUUAAAUUUUGAUGCGAUCGAUUUGGUACCGCUGAAUAUCCUUGCAUUUCUUUCUUGCCAGAUGUGGUAAAUUGGUGCACGCAGAAGGUGCCAUUUUGUUGAUGGAGUUGACGGUUGGUUUCCAAUGGUGGGAUGCCCAUUGAAUUAGGGCAUUCCAUGAUGGUAUGGUGGAGGCUGUGUAAAAUCCACUACUUUCAAAUCCAUCUAACAACGUAUCAGAUUGCAAAGUUUGGAGAUUCGCUUGAGCAUGAAUUUGUGCCUGGGGAUGGAGAUCAGGUUGAGAUGGAAGCCACAGCACUCUAGAAAAACGUUUGACAGUAUCAUCCGAAAAUGAUUACGCGGUUGGUUUUUGUUCUCUUGUUGAUCCAUUCAACUAUAGCAGCUGAGAAAGCAGAGAAACGUACCCAAAAGCUCUCACCUAUAGCAGCAGAGAAAGCAGAGCAACAUCCCCCCAAGCCCUCAUCUACAGCAGAGAAAGAUCCCCACAAGCCUUCAAAAUGGAUGACUCUUGAUGGGGAGAGUCCUCUUGUAAUAGCGCGUGGUGGAUACUCAGGGCUUUUUGCAGAAGGGGGUGAGCUUGCAUAUAAAUUUGCACUACAGACGAGCUUGCCCAAUGUGAUACUGUUCUGUGAUCUACAGCUAACAAAAGAUGGUAAGGGCGUGUGCCAGUCGGGUGUAAGGCUUGACAAUUCAACGAUCAUAACUCAUGUCUUCCCCAAUGGACAAAAGUCCUACAAUGUUAGUGGACAGGAACUUCGCGGCUGGUUUGCCUUGGAUUAUACGGCUGAACAACUACUUUCUAAUGUCACAUUGACUCAGAAUGUAGGUAGUCGACCAUUGGAGUUUGAUGGCCUAUCGCAUAUGCUUCCCCUUGAAGCCUUAGGAAAAAUUACUAAACAACCAGCAGCAGUGUGGGUGAAUGUUCAGAACAACAAAUUCUAUACUGACAACAAGCUGGACCCUGCAUUAUGUGUUCAAGAUGCAAUGAAAUCUAUGCCCAUACUGUACAUUUCGUCUCCGGACAUUGGUUUCUUGAAGCACAUGAGUGGCAAGUUAGGGAACAACAAACCACCACAAACAAAACUAGUUUUCCGGUUCCUAGAAGGUGGUGCAGUGGAACCCACAACACAAAAACCAUAUCUUUCCAUACUCAAAGAUCUUUCUUCCAUAAAGUCAUUCGCUUCGGGAAUUAUCAUCCCCAAAGAAUACAUUUGGCCCGUCAAUAAAGACCGCUAUUUAGAAGCUGCUCCAACUAGUCUGGUAGGCGAUGCUCACAAGGAAGGUCUACAAGUGUUCGUUUCUGGAUUUGCAAAUGACAUGAUAGGAGCUUUUAAUUACAGCUACGAUCCAACAGCUGAGUACCUCCAGUUUAUUGAUAAUUCCCACUUUUCAGUUGAUGGCUUUAUCACUGAUUUCCCUUCCACUGCAUCCGAAUCAAUUGCAUGCUUGGUGAAUAACAAAAAUGCAAGCAAGCCUGAUAAAGGAAAAGCUUUAAUCAUAACACACAACGGAGCGAGUGGGGUUUACUCUGCCUGCACUGAUCUGGCUUAUGAGCAAGCAGUAGAUGAUGGGGCACACAUAAUAGAUUGCUCGGUUCAAAUGUCAAAAGAUGGAGUGCCAUUCUGUAUGCAUUCAGCUGACCUCUCGGGAGACACUACUGCAUUGACUAGUUUCACAUCUAAAUCUGCUAUGGUCCCUGAAAUUCAAAAACAAAGUGGAAUUUUCUCAUUUGAUCUCACAUGGACUGAAAUUAAAACCUUGAAGCCUCAAAUAAAGCUACCAUUCCCACAAGAGGGCUUAUUAAGAAAUCCAGCAAAUAAAAACCAGGGUAAAUUUAUGACUCUCCCAGAAUUUCUGGAUUUUUCCAAGAAAACGGCUGUUGAAGGAAUCUUAAUCAACAUACGGAAUGCUUCGUACUUGGCAUCAAAGAAGGGUCUUAGCGUAACUGAUGCUGUUGCUUCUGCUUUGAGAAAUGCCUCAUUUGACAAGGAAUCCACCAAACAAGUUUUGAUCCAAUCCGAUGACAGUGCAGUACUAUCUAAGUUCAGUAAUGUCCCAACUUAUAAAAGAGUAUUGUCUAUCGAUAAAUCAAUAAGUGACGUACCUACGAAAACGGUGGAGGAAAUCAAGAAGUUCGCGGAUGCAGUUAACCUUCGCAGAUCCUCCAUCAUUACAACUUCCCAAUUUUACACCGUCAGUAAUACAAGCAUUGUUGAGGAAAUGCACAAGGCAAAUGUAUCGGUGUACGUAUCUGUAUUCAGAAAUGAAUUUGUUUCAUUAGCAUUUGAUUAUUUUGCGGAUCCAAUGGUGGAGCUGGCUUCUUUCAUUAUGGCGUUUAAAGUUGAUGGGAUCAUAACAGAGUUUCCAGCAACUGCAACUGCAUUCAUGAAAAGCCCAUGUGUGAAUAAUCAUGAUGCAAAGCUUCCAUACUCCAUCUUGACUGUAAAGCCUGGUGACUUGAUCCACCUGGUUAGGCGUGGAGCAUCGGCACCUGCAUCUGCCCCGGCAUCCCUCGAAGUUAAAGACGUUGUUCAUCCACCACUGCCUCCCAUUUCCAAUGUCUCUGCUGCAUCUUCUUCUUCUUCUUCUUCUUCUUCUAAUGCACCUGCUCCAGCCCCUCAACAAAGUGGUGGCAUGGCAAAUGUAGCAAAUGUGGGUAUUGGUCUUGUAGCAAUUGUGGUCCUUAGUUUGCCUUCUAUGGGAUGCUAAACAUUUAAUGGUUUGGUUGUGUGAAAAUUUAUGUCAAUCUUUUUGUAUUUUACAGCUAAUACUGGACUUUGUCUUUAACAUCCAUGAGUUUGUAUAAUAGUAAAUCUGAGUAAUCAGCUCAUAGAAGAGUGCUAAUAUAUAAAUCAGACAUUUUAGUCA